GAAACCCCCAGCUUGUCUGAUCUUUGUGUUUCUAAAUCGUGUAGUCACUGUGGGAAGCUGACAGCUAACCGAUUAACAAAGAAGGAUUUUUAAUUUUACAACUAGAGAUAAGUUUACAACAACAUCUUCAAAAUGUCUAUCAUGUCGUAUAACGGGGGCGCUGUCAUGGCCAUGCGGGGGAAGAACUGUGUGGCGAUCGCUGCAGACCGAAGGUUCGGCAUUCAAGCUCAGAUGGUCUCUACAGACUUCCAGAAGAUCUUCCCCAUGGGGGAGAGGCUGUACAUCGGUCUGGCCGGUCUGGCCACUGAUGUUCAGACAGUAUCCCAGAGGCUUAAAUUCAGACUGAACCUGUAUGAGCUGAAGGAGGGUCGUCAGAUCAAACCCAAGACCUUCAUGAGCAUGGUGUCCAACCUGCUGUACGAGAGGAGGUUUGGCCCGUACUACAUCGAGCCGGUGAUCGCAGGACUGAACCCAAAAACCUUUGAGCCGUUCAUCUGCUCAUUGGACCUGAUCGGCUGUCCCAUGGUGACGGAGGACUUCGUCGUAAGCGGAACCUGUUCGGAGCAGAUGUACGGCAUGUGCGAGUCUCUGUGGGAGCCCGACAUGGGGCCAGAGGACUUGUUCGAGACCAUCUCGCAGGCGAUGCUGAACGCCGUCGACCGCGACGCCGUCUCCGGCAUGGGGGUCGUCGUUCACGUGAUUGAGAAGGACAAGAUCACCACCCGGACCCUGAAAGCCCGAAUGGACUAAACAUAUUUGUGUAAAUAAAUAAAA